ACAGCGGACAGAGAAAAGGAACUAAAAAGAAAAAAAAGGGGGAAGAAAAAGGGGGCAAGCAGUGCACAGGUCUAGUGGAAAAUGGCGGAGGCGGCGUGCUCGAGCUCGGGCACGUAGCUCACGCGCAGCUCAUCGUUCCCCGUCGCGCUCUCCGGAGACCCCGCGCCGCCGCCGGCGACCGCCAGCUCCCCCGUGCGGCGGCUCUGCGUCUCCACCCGUCUCGUUCUCCCGCUAGGGUUUUCCCCGAUCCCCAAUCACUAGUUUGAAAAUGGCUUCAUCACAGCAUGUUGAAGUGGAGGCUGCGAAGCUACUUCAAAAACUCAUUCUGGAAUCGAAGGAUGAGCCUGCUAAAUUAGCAACAAAACUUUACGUGAUAUGUCAACAUAUGAAGUUAAGUGGAAAAGAGCAGUCUCUUCCUUAUCAGGUCAUAUCUAGGGCCAUGGAGACUGUUGUAAGUCAACAUGGAAUUGACAUGGAUGCAUUGCGAUCAUCACGAGUUCCAUUUUCUGGCGGUACACAAGCAGUAGAUGCUAGUGGCGUUAUGUCGAAGGAUAAGGAGAUCAUUGGUGGUCAGUCUUCCAUGGUUGGAAGUGAUGCAUCCCAGAGCAGCGGUCAAGCUGCAUUAUGGCAUUUGCCACCAGGUUCAGCAGAUAUGACAAGGCCUGGGGUGUAUAUUCCAGGCAGGGUUCCAGCAGGAAAUAGGGGUGAUGUCGCAGGAUCUGAUAUUCAUCAAGGAUCCAUGUCGCAAAAGAGUGGCAGGUCCUCUGGAGUCGAAAGCCCUGCAAGUCUGCAAAUGGAGGACACUAGAUCUAUGAAUUCACAUGAUUCUUUGAGGUCUGAUGAAAAAACAAACAAGAAAGCUUCCUCUUCCAAGAGAAAAAGGAUGGAUUCAAAAGCAGCAGGGGAUAUGCAAUCUGAAGAAAAUUCAAAAUCAGAUGGUAUCUCAAGUGGACAAAAUAUUAGAAAAAGGAAACAGGUUGGCAAAGCUGGUGCACAAGGUCAGCCCUCCAGGGGAGCUGAGCCUGAGCAAUCACAUAAACUGCAAGGUGCUACUGCUCAGGUGCCACCCUUACCUGGUGGUGCAUCAUUUUUCAGGGCUCACCAGGAAGGUCCACCAGCUUCUGCUGGGAGGACUAUUGACAAUACUAAACCAUCAAACCCGUUUGCAAUGUCACAAGUUUCAAAUUUUGCUGAAGGGCUGGCUUCUGGUAGUAUCCCCACUGACUUGCAGAAAAGUAUACUGGGAGGAACAAAUAUGUUUAACGCUGGUUUUGGCUGGAAUCAAAGUCCACAAGGUUCAGUUAUUAAGAAUACUCAAGGUUCUGUUGCCAACUUAAUGCGGCCAGGAGUUAAUGUUGAAGGGAAAAUUAAUAUAGGGUCACAAGGAGCUUUUAACCCUACUCCCACAUCGCAGAUGGAUUUCCCCAAAAUCCCUCCUUACAUGUCUUCUUCCUUUGGAGGUGGCUCACAGUUUCUGGACAAGGGCAAGGACUCGGCUUCUGGCAAUACUGGCACUGAACUUCAUUCUGCUGCUAAAGUUGGAGUUAACACGGGGAUUGCGCAUGGCAGUCCAAUGCAAGAAAGGCAAAAUAUUACCAGAGCACCACAGAGGGCCGAAUCAUCUUUGCAAGAAGCCAGACUGUCUUCGCUCCCGAAUAGAAAUGUUGGGCCGUAUCAAACAUCUCACAUCUCUCCAAACACACCAUUCAAAGAACAACAGUUAAAGCAGCUCCGAGCACAGUGCUUAGUGUUUCUUGCAUUCAGAAAUAACAUGCAGCCCAGAAAGGUGCACCUUGAAAUUGCCUUAGGUGGAGGCCCCACUGCAGAGGGUGGCAGCGUAGGUCAGGGAGGUAACGAGAGCAGAAUGGCUGAUGGUUCUGCAAGGGAAAACGGAAACAGUCAGGAAAACUCUGCUAUUUUCGGCAGCCAAAGUGAUAUGUCUAGACUCCCAUCCACAUCCGCAGGCAGCAUUGCAGAGGCUGAUUCUUCACUGAAGGACUCGGAAAUUAAGAAGAAGAUCAAUAUCGCUGAACAUGAGAAGUCAUCGAUGGAAAUAGAAAAUAUCCAGCAAGCUGUUGUUAUGCAGGGAACUGGUUCAAGUUCUGAAAUGCGUUCCCAAGAAAUAGCAUCCCCUGCGCCAUCUGGACCACAGCAGUCAUACUUUCAGGGAGAUAAAAGAAGAAAUGCCCCUGAGACCUACAGGACGGAUGCAGAAAAUUUGAACAGGAAUUUAAGUUUCGGAGGCCAGGGACCAUCUUCUUUGGGUGGUAAUAGACAACAUCCAAAUUUGGAAGCUGCUGUUUUGACCAAAGAUCGAUUACAGGAUGAAGCGUCUAAAGAAUCAUACCCAUCUUCGAGGCUUCAUCAUAUGCCUAUUGAUGGUUACAACUCCAAUUUACCAGGAAAGGAUCUAACCCCAGAUACAGAUAGAAAUGAGGUUGAACAUUGUACCCAGAUUGGGGAGAUGUCUGAUCGAUCGGCCGAUGAAGGAGAUGAUGAUCUAUUUGAGCAUGAUGGUUUUGCAUCAACUCCUCCAAAACACACAAUGACUGAAAAAUGGAUCAUGGAUUAUCAAAAGAGAAAAUAUGGAGAAAAUGAAAAGAAGGUAUUAGAGCAGCAGAAGGCACAUAAAAGGAUGUCAGCAUCUUAUCAGAAGUUAAAGGAAAGUGUUAGUUCAUCUGAAGAUCUUACUGCAAAGACAAAGAGUGUCAUUGAAUUGAAAAAGCUUCAACUUCUCUCACUUCAACGUCGUGUGCGCAGUGAAUUCUUGUUAGACUUUUUCAAGCCUAAUACAGCUGAUUUGGAGCGUGUAAAAGCAGUAAAGAAACACCGGCAUGGACGCCGUGUGAAACAGCUUGAAAAAAUUGAGCAGAAAAUGAAGGAGGAAAGGCAAAAAAGAAUACGCGAGAGGCAAAAAGAAUUCUUUGCUGAUAUAGAGUCUCACAGAGAGAGACUGGAGGAUAGUUUCAAGGCUAAAAGAGAGCGUCUAAAGGGUUUCAAUCGAUAUAUUAAAGAGUUCCACAAGAGGAAAGAGCGAAUUCAUCGGGAGAAGCUGGAUAGGAUCCAGCGGGAGAAAAUUAACUUGCUUAAGAACAAUGAUGUCGAAGGGUAUCUUAGGAUGGUCCAGGAUGCAAAAUCUGACCGUGUUAAGCAACUACUACGUGAGACUGAGAAAUAUCUACAGAAACUUGGGGCCAAAUUACGAGGUGACAGCUCAAUGGAUGGCCGUUCUUAUGUUUCCGGUAAGGGCGUCACUGCAAACGAUGUUGAAGACGAGAGCUACCAGCCACAGAAUUAUCUUGAGAGCAACGAGAAGUACUAUCAGUUGGCCCACAGUGUGAAGGAGAUUGUAAAUGACCAGCCUACUUAUCUUAAUGGUGGAAAAUUGCGGGAGUACCAGAUGAACGGUUUGCGUUGGCUGGUUUCAUUGUACAAUAAUAAUUUGAAUGGAAUUUUAGCUGACGAGAUGGGUCUUGGUAAAACAGUUCAAGUAAUCUCUUUAUUGUGCUAUCUUAUGGAAACAAAAAAUGACCGGGGCCCAUUUCUUGUGGUUGUACCAUCCUCUGUUCUUUCUGGAUGGGUAUCUGAACUCAACUUCUGGGCACCUAGUAUAAAUAAAAUUGCUUAUUUUGGUCCUCCAGAAGAAAGGCGCAGACUGUUCAAAGAGAUGAUUGUUCAACAGAAGUUCAAUGUCCUUUUGACAACAUAUGAGUACUUGAUGAACAAACAUGAUAGGCCAAAACUAAGCAAAAUACAGUGGCACUAUAUAAUAAUCGAUGAAGGGCACCGUAUAAAGAACGCGUCUUGUAAACUCAAUGCUGAUCUGAAGCUUUAUCGGAGUUCUCAUCGGCUAUUGUUGACAGGAACACCUCUGCAGAAUAAUCUUGAGGAGCUGUGGGCACUUUUGAACUUUUUGUUGCCCAAUAUAUUUAACUCAUCUGAAGAUUUUUCUCAGUGGUUUAACAAACCAUUUGAAAGCAAUGGUGAUAACUCAGCUGAUGAGGCCUUACUUUCAGAAGAGGAAAACUUGCUGAUCAUAAACCGUCUUCACCAAGUUCUUCGGCCCUUUGUACUCCGAAGACUUAAGCAUAAGGUUGAAAGUGAAUUGCCGGGGAAGAUUGAAAGACUUGUAAGAUGCGAGGCAUCAGCUUAUCAGAAACUUCUAAUGACAAGGGUGGAAGACAACCUUGGUGGAAUUGGAGCAGUUAAGGUCCGCUCGGUGCACAAUUCUGUCAUGGAAUUGAGGAACAUAUGCAACCAUCCAUACCUUAGCCAACUUCAUGUUGAGGAGAUUGAGGGUCAUCUACCGAGGCACUACCUGCCAUCUAUUGUGAGGCUGUGUGGGAAACUUGAGAUGUUGGACAGAUUGCUACCCAAACUCAAAGCUACUGGCCAUAGGGUUCUACUUUUUUCUACAAUGACAAGAUUGCUUGAUGUGAUGGAGGAUUAUUUGGUAUGGAAAAAGUAUCAGUAUCUUCGGUUAGAUGGACACACUUCUGGGCAUGAGAGAGGAGCACUUAUUGAUAGAUUUAAUGAUCCUGAUUCUCCAGCUUUCAUUUUCCUGCUAAGUAUCCGAGCAGGAGGUGUUGGUGUCAAUCUUCAAGCAGCUGAUACUGUCAUAAUUUUUGAUACUGAUUGGAAUCCUCAGGUUGACCUGCAAGCACAGGCUAGAGCCCACAGAAUUGGUCAAAAGAAGGAGGUUCUUGUUUUACGUCUAGAAACUGUCCGAACUGUAGAAGAGCAAGUCAGGGCUUCGGCAGAACAUAAAUUAGGCGUUGCUAAUCAGAGUAUAACUGCUGGAUUUUUCGACAACAACACAAGUGCUGAAGAUCGGAGGGAGUAUCUUGAGUCACUUCUACGUGAGUGUAAAAAGGAAGAAUCAGCUCCAGUGUUAGAUGAUGAUGCUCUGAAUAAUAUUCUUGCCCGCAGCGAAGAUGAGAUCGACAUAUUUGAAUCUAUUGACAAGCAAAGACUAGAUGAUGAAAUGGCUAUAUGGCUAAAGGUUGUUCAGGAUGGUUCAGUUAGUGGGCUAGACCCCUCAGUAUUGCCCUCCCGUCUUGUGUCUGAUGAUGAUCUGAAGCCCUUCUGCGAUGCUAUGAAGAUUUAUGAGUCGUCAAAUGUAAAAAAUGUGAAGGUAAAUGUGAGGAAGAAGGGUGAGCUUGGCGGCCUUGACACAAAGCAUUAUGGAAGGGGAAAACGUGCCCGUGAGGUCCGGUCUUAUGAGGAUCAAUGGACCGAAGAAGAAUUUGAAAAACUUUGUCAGGCUGAAUCUCCUGACUCACCUCCACCUGGUGGUGUAUUGAAGGAAUUAGAUAUCUCUAAAGAGAGUAAGUUGGAGGUACCUGCAGAAAGUUCAGUGGAUCCAGUCGAAGCCAAAACGGUACCAGUCCUGGCUGUUCCAGACUCCUCACCACCAGUCUCGGCUGUUCCAGACUCCUCACCACCAGUCCCGUCUGUUCCAGACUCCUCACCACCACUCCCGGCUGUUCCAGACUCCUCACCAGCUAAACGACGAAGAGGUAGACCUAGAAGGUCAGACGUUUCAGUAUCUCCUGUUAUGUCCCCAGCAAAGGCUGUCCAACAAGAAGCAGGAACUACACUCGGUAGUUCUGCACCAGCAAGUACCAUCGAUUCUGCAGCACCAACUACUACCAUCCAUUCUACUGGUCCAGAUGUUACCAUCCAUUCUACUGCACCAGUUGCUGCCACCAAACCAGAGAUUGGUACAGAAGUUAAGGCUACUGCUUUUGUUCCUGCUGUACCAUCUGCUACCAUGAAACCCGAGAUUGGCACUGAUGUUAAGGACCGUGUUUUGGAAGGGCUUAUAGCAAAGAAAGUUGGUCCGGAGGUAGAGAGCGGUCAUGACCCAGUAGUUGCUAGUGCAGCCCCUCAUCCACCAGCUCCUGCUACAUCUAGAGGCAGAAAGACGCAAGCAGUUGAAACCCCUCGCAGACGAGGCCGAAAACCAAAAUCUCUUUCAUCAUCUAGUGCUGGUGAUGUUAAUAUAUACCCUGUGGUUGCAAUUGGUAGUGGACCUACUUCUGUGGGUUCUCCAUAUCCUCAAGGGGAUAUGCCCUCAUCACAUGCAAGUGCCAUGUCAAGAUUUCAGAAGGAUUUGGUUACAGAUAGGCCUGUUACAUCAUUGCCAGAGGGAGUUAAGGGCAUCUCCGCCCCUGAAGGUACGACGACACCUGUUCCCGAAGAUAAACACACUGGAACUGUAAUAAGCUCAGACAAUGCCAGCUCACUGAUGCCAAAGACCAUUCACAACGAAAAUGUUGGAUUUGUUCAAGCGAGCUCUGAGCAAGUUUUUUCUGCAUCAGUACCUACUUUAACUUCUGUCUCAGGUGGAAUAUUGAAAGCAUCACAUGUUCUCUUGGCAGAUAAGCCUGCUGAGAAGCAAAGUGCUUCACGCCGUCGCAGAAAGAAAGCGCCUGGUGGUGAGGAUACUGGAGUAAGCACUAGGCAAAGAGCAGCUAUGAAGAAAUCUUAUGGUAUUCCUGGUACCACCGACAAUGUUGGUGCGGACAUGAGCACAGCUGAGAAGCUAGGAGCAGUGAAUGUAAAAGAUGGCAGUCCACUUAAAGAUACUCCCAAGGAAUUACCAAAUAUGAAUUCUCCUCCAUAUGACAAGUCUGGGUAUGACUCUCAACCAAGAACACCUAUAGCAAUUCCCAUUAGUGAAGCUGCGGUUCCUGGUGGUUUCGGUAAUGCCCAUGUUGCUUAUUCUGAUAUAACUCCCAGGAUAUCUACCAAUCCUGAUGUUCAAGAUAAACCAUUAAAUCUGCACAUAGGAGCAUCUCUAGCCGCAGCCUCACAAGCUCAAGUGCCAUGCAAGACAGGGAAUGACCAUGUUGCAGUGUGUUCUGUGGUCACUACCACUCAUUCUGAAACGGUUACUGAAAAACCAUUGCUAAAUCCUGUUAGUGAACCAGCAAAUGUCCAGUUCGAAGCACCUAGUUCUUUACUUCACAAUUCAGGUAAAAACACCAGUAUAGAGAUCAAUAGUGUCGCUCCCAGUAAGGCAUCAGGUAGGAGGAGGAAAGGUCCUGCCUCCGAACCACGCACCAGAAGUAAAGCCGCAACAGCUGCAUCUGAACGUCGUGCUCGACUAGCUGGAUCAAAACAGACAGGUGAUGCGAGAAAAGUAGAAAUAUUGGCAAUCCCUAGCACGGCGGUUUGUGUUUCUUCAGUUGAGCAACAGGAAGCAGCCCCGGCAGAGGCUCUCACUGCUUCUGUCUGCGAAAUGCAGAAGAAUGCUGAGAGUCAGGCACAUGGUGGAAUGUCUACUCCGAUGGGGAUACCAGAUGCCAAGUUAGAGCCCCCAAAGCAAAUUGCUACCCAGUCAAUUACAGCAUGUAGCAGUUUUACCACUCAGACUCCUACACUUCCUAUAUCCAGAGAAAGUAAUCUUUCCAUGGGUGACAAGCAAGGUCUUGGAGUUCAUACCAUACAUGGACAAACAAAGAUGGUUUUGGCUGCAGAGCUGGCAUCUGCAAAUGAUGAAAAUAAGCUGCAUGAAGUACAUGAUAAGACUGCUGAUAGCAAUAUGCUCCAACGUAGUGCGGCACAGGAUACACUCCAUGAUAAAACUGAUAGCAUUGCUGGUUUGAACCUAGCCUCUCGUCAUAGAAUUGGUGAUUUGGAAAUGGAAAAGGAUAAUUCUAAUACAGUGAUGUUGCCAAACUGCCAAUCCCCUUUUGAUGCCUCAGUUAAGGAUAUUAAGGAUACUCUUUCCCCCACAGAAGCUGAUGUCAGUGAUCUGCAAAGUGAGGCUUCUGCUAUUAAUGUGUCUAGUCUGAAGCAAGAUACUACGGCAGUUGAAGCAUUGCACACUAAUUCUGGAGGUUGUGCUAAUCAUCUGCCUGCUGCUUUACAAUCAACGGACUCAAACCAGUGUGCAGACCGGAAAGAAAGUUCAGAGAACAGUGACUCUGAACUUUUUGCAUCCGGGAAGAAAACAGAGGAAAUGGAAGGAACUUUGGAUAAGAAUACAGAUUACAAUCUUACUCAGACAAAUGAAGAUUCUCACAGUAUAGCUUUAGGAAGGCAUUCUCCUUCAGAAGACAAAAAAGAGGACAGUUGUGCCCAUGUAGUUGAUGGUGGCUUGUUGGGAAGCAAACAAACUCUUCCCGAAAUCGUUUCUGCUAUAAAUACUGAUGGUUCUGAGGAAGCACUUAAUGCUUCAUCUACCUGUUCGAAUAAAGAUGCCAGCAUGUUAGAAGUUGGUGCGUUUACAAAUGAUGCCACCUCUGUUUGUGAAGUAACGAAGGAUCCUGAGAGCCAUGCAUCAGUGUCAGUACUGGCCUCUGCUGCUAUGAGCACUGGUGAUGGCUGUGAGGAAGUUAACAAUGUUCCAUCCACCCAUUCUGACAGGGAGGACAACAUGGUAGAAGUUGAUGCGUCUAGAAAUGAUGCUACCUCUGUUUGUGAAGCACGCAAGGAUCCUGAGAGUAAUGUAUCUGGUGAGUUGCCAAUGCCAGUGGGGCUAUCGGAGCCCGAGUUAGAAUUGCAAAUCCAAUCCAAAUCUUCUAGUCAGUCUAGCUCAGUAAAUGCUGAUGAAACAAAUGCCAGUAUCAACAUUCGGACUACUUCACUGGUAGAGUCAGAACAAAAAUCACCCAGAAAUGGUGCACAUGAGUUGAAAGAAGGGAUGGAAGUGGCCGGGCCUAAGAUUGUGUGCGCCAUACAAAUGCCGAGUCCUGAUGGUUCUGAGGCUCAUAGUUUGGCACAACUGGAGAUGGUUUCGGCUGCAGAACAAGCAUCUACGAAAGAUGAUAAAGAAGAUAAGACGGUUGAUGUAAACUUGCCCACUUGUCCAAGAUAUCCAGAUGGUGAGGGUGAAAAGGACCAUUCCCCUAAAACUAUUUUGGCAGGCAGCCAAUCUUUUUGUGAGGCCUCAGAUAAGGACGUUGCCCCAAUGAAAGAUGAUCACACUGAUCCGCAAAGUGAAGUUAAUGUUGUUGGUAUGAAUGGUGCCAACCAAGACUCAGCUGAAACCGAAGCGAUGCUGAUUGAUGGUGUCCCCAAAGGAUCUUCAAGUGACUUGCCUGCUGCUUUACGAUCGACCGAUUCAAAUCAGCUGGCAGAACAAGAUGGGUUAGAGAAUAGUGCCUCUAUAUCUGCUUCUCCGAAAGAACAUGAGAAAUUAAAAGAAACUUCUGAUGAAAUUGGUGGUGGCAAUUCCAGUCGUAGGCGGACUGAUGAUGAUUCUCAUUUUAUGAAUUUAGUUGGUUAUUCGGAAGACUCAGAUGAGGACGAUUCUGUCCAGGUAGCUGAUGUUGGUGAUGUGGGAUGUAAAGAAACUACUCCUGAUGGCAUCUCAGCUGUCGCUAGAGAAGCAGAACCAGGAGAUGGACCCUGCACAGAGCCUACUUGUGAAACUGCUGUUCAUGUGAACGAAUGCAGUGCGGAAGCUGCUAUUUCUGAGGAUGGUCACGCCACAACGGCCCUUGGCAGCGUCCGAGCGUCUUCAACGGAACUAAUGAAUUUGGAGAGUGUAUCUGCUUGCAAUGUUCAUCAAAACCCUCUGAACAAAGAACUUAGUUAUGCUGUUUCAGUAACUCCUGACUCUGUUGAGCACGAUGACACAGUAGUACCUGUGGCUCUCCAGGAAGGAGCUGCUGUCGCUACAGAACCAGAAGCAAAGAAAGAGGUCGACGAACCUACCCAAAAUGAAAAUGUUGAGCCGGCUGCUAUAAAGCCAGAGUUUGUGGAGCAUGCUGGUACAGAAGCUGAUCCAAGUAAAGAAGCAUCUAUACCUCAAGAGAAAACCACUGUAGCCUUGGUUGCAGGACCGGAAAAAAAUGAAGAAGCAGAUGCACCUACUCAAGUCGAACCAGUUGCCUUAGUGCCAGAUUCCGUGGAGCAUGCUGGUACCAAAGUUGAUCAAAUUAUAGAAACGUCUGUGGGUCUCCCAGACGAAACUUUUGUUGUACCUGGUACGGAACCAGAAGAGAAGAAGGUAGAGGCAUCCGCUCAAGAGGAUAUUGCUGAAGCAGUUGCCGCAGAGCCAGAACCUGCUGGAACCCAGGAAAAUGCAGAAGCUUCUACUCAGCCGAGUCCUAUGGAGAUAGAGGGCGUGGUAGCAGAGGCUGGUGAACUUCCAAGCACAGAGAGAGGGGACAACGAUGUGACCAUAGAACCAGAAGAAUCUGAUGCCUCAGCUGCUGCUGCUAUGAAGGAACCAGAGGUGCUGAGCACUGAACCAGCACCUGAUGGUGAAAAUGCUAAGCUUGGAGAAGCCGAAGCUGAACAGCUGUUGCAGCAACCUUCAUCAUGUGAGGCUACGACAGUCACAGAAGAGCUUCCCAGCACAGUGGGAGCGAAAACGGAUGGAACUUCAGACGUGGGAGCGAAAACGGAUGGAACUUCAGACGUGGGAGCUGAUGAGUCUCCUGCUGUCGUGGGAGAGGAGGUGCUCAACACUGAAGCUGCUCCUGAUGAUAAGAACGCAAGGCCGAACGAGCCAGGUAUGGCGCAAUCGCCACCUUUGCCGGAGGAGGGUAAGUCCGUUGCCGCUGGCGAGCCUGCCAACCUUGAGGGGUUGGAGGCUCCUAGCGCCGACUCGCAGCCUAAUGAUGGAAAGUAGUUAGUGUGCAUAAAUGGAAGCAGAUGUUGGCCGCUGCCGUUAGAUCAGACAGAGCAUGGUUGGGAUCAGCCAUUUUGCCACCAAGAGGAGAGAAUGAAACUAAGUACUGUAGACUUUAUGCAAAUGUUGUAUGUAGAACAUAAUUAUGAAACCCGUUGUAUUUAGAGGAGCUGUUGAUGCGUAAGUUCUAACUACCUAGUCCCUUUGCAAUACUAGUACCUUGUUGCACCUGA